AUGGUGAAGGAAGUUGGUAACAUACUCAACACUGUUGCUGGAAAAGAUCCGCUGGAAGGUUUAGCAAUGAUCGAUAUACUUCAACGCUUAAGCAUUGACUAUCACUUCCGAGAGGAAAUUGAAGCAUUACUAGAAACAGAAUACAUGAACUUUAAAGCUCCCAAUCAUCAUCACGAUGAUGUUUAUGGAGUUGCACUUUCCUUCCGAUUAUUGAGACAACAUGGUUAUAACGUCUCUCAAGGUCGUCGGGUGAAAAAGGGCCCCAUGUCCAAGGGUGGUCCUGGACACGGAAAUGUGUUCAACAGCUUCAAGAACAAGGAGGGAAAAUUUGAUAUGGUUCUAAGGGAUGACUUGAAGGGUUUGAUGGCAUUAUAUGAAGCUUCACAAUUGAGUAUGGAAAGUGAAAAUAUACUUGAUGAAGCUGGGGACUUCAGUGCCAAGCUACUUAACCACCAUGAAUCUGAAAUUGUUGCAAAUACAUUGAAGAGUCCUUAUCACAAGAGCUUGGCAAGGUUGACGGUCGAAAACUUCCUAAACAAUAUUGAUAGCCGAAGUGAGUACAUAAAAGUGUUUUCAGAGUUGGCGAAAAUGGAUUAUGAAAUUGUUCGAUUUAUACAUCAGAAGGAAAUUCUUCGGAUUACAAAAUGGGACCUCGCAGCAGCUAAUCAGCUACCAGAAAGCAUGAAGAUAUCUCUUAAGGCUCUUUUCGACAUCACUGAGGAUAUUAGCACCCAGUGGAAAAAGUUGUGCAAUGCAUUUUUAGUAGAAGCAAAGUGGUUUGCUCUAGGAAAAUUGCCUAAGGCAGAAGAAUAUUUGAGGAACGGGAUCGUUAGUUCAGGGGUGCAUGUGGUGCUGGUUCACAUGUUCUUUCUCCUGGGUCAAGGCAUCAACAAAGAAACCGUUGAUUUUGUGGAUGGCAUUCCAGCCAUUAUAUCAUAUACAGCAAUGAUCCUUCGUCUUUGGGAUGACUUGGGCACUGCUAAGGAUGAGAAUCAAGAUGGUCGAGAUGGAUCGUACUUGGAGUGCUACAUUAGGGAACAUCCAAACAUUACCCACGAAAGAGCGAGAGAACAUGUUAGCCAAUUGAUUUGUGAUGCGUGGAAGCAACUCAACCGGGAAUGUCUCUCUCGGCCGAGUUCAUUUUCAGCAACUUUCACCGAGGCAUGUCUAAAUGUUGCAAGAAUGGUUCCUUUGAUGUAUAGUUAUGAUGACAAUCCAAGUCUUCCAAGUUUGAAGGAGCAUAUGAAGUCACUUGCUGGUCAUUUAGAAAGUAAACCUUCCGUUGGGUGA